AUGCCUGCGAUUGGGUGUGUUCGACGGCUGCGAGGUGUCUUGGGUGGCCUCUUGGCCGUCGCCGGACUGGCCAAUAUCGCUUCGAGCAUGCAACAUUCGACGACUUUGACACCUUCCAGAGCUUUCAAGCUACAUCUUUCAUCCUCCCCGGGUCUAUCAGCAGAAGGAGAUAAUCUGUUUGGACUUGAUGAUGGAAGUCGGCAUCUAGAGUCAGUUGUGUCGAAGGAUGGCUCGAUUCCACAGACGAAGUUACUUGUUCACGUCGCUGGUACGCCUCCAAUCUCCUCUCGCGGAAUGAAGAAUCGUGCACAUCAGGAAACAGUAUUUUUGAUCGACCCUAAUAAUCCACGAGGCACGCUGUACGUGGUGAACAAUCAGUCCGACACUAUUCCGGACGUCAGAUUCAUCGCUUCAAGCGGGCGUGCUCUGCAGCAAGAUCCGACGCCCACUCAACGGGACUUUGCCAACAUAUGGGUUGAGACCAUGUGGAAAUCAAAGCAAAUCAAGUUGGCAUCACAGACCACGAUCAUGCUCGGAGUUCAUGGCAAUGGCCUCAGCAAUCUCUUGUGGAUGGAGAAUCCUCUAGAUCGACAGUAA